CUUCGACAUCAAAGAACCACCAACUCACCCGGCGCAAUUAACCUCACUCACCAGUGCGCCAGCGAUUUCCUCCAUUCCGAACCCAUCCAUCGCCGCCCGCGGAUGUCGUCAACCUCAUAGAGCGACACCGGCUGUGCGCUCGUCUCUCGCGCAACUUGAGACGCCCACUCCUACGCCAACCACCAUACACACAUCGCCAUGGCGACACCCACAGCCAUGAAGCACGUUGCUUCGCAGCAAGGCCGCACCCCCUCGCAGUUCGCCGCCGCAACACCUCCUGUAUCGACACCCUUCUCGAACCCUGCCCAUGCCGUCUUCUCCCCUCGAGGGCCGCGCUCGUCGCCCCAGCAGUUCAAGAAGUCUCCCGCGACAUCAGGGAUGAUGGCCCAGCAAAGCAAUGCCCCCCUCAACUUCGACAGCCCGUCGACCGCGGCCGCUAUGGGCGCCCUCGCCAUGGGUGGUGGUCUCGAUAUGGGCCUUGAAAGCGUCAGUGUUGCGGGGUUGGGGCACCUCGGUGCCCUUGUGAGCGAGGACGAUAAGUUGAAGCGGUUGGAGGCCAUUAUGGAAAUGUUGAACAAGAAGAAGGGACUCGUCAGCGAAGUUGGCUUAGAGCGUCUCGCGCAGCGCAUAGGACUCGACUGCCUUUCCGAAGAACAGACUGCCUCUAAUGGCCGGAAAACGAGGAUUCUCGUGAUAGCCGGAUCAGCCAUCCAGUUGGAUAUCGUCCUGGACAAUAAUAUUGUCACAAAUAUCUCGCUAGCCUUCCCAGAGUCAGCCACUUCGGUCACCAAGCACGUGGAUCGAGCAAGCCAAAUCUUGCUCCAAGACCUUCAACUUCUCCCGGAUCAAAGUCCGCUCACCAAAACCCUGGACAAAUUUGCAGUCAAUCUGGAGCGGCUGGCAAAUUUGGACAAGCUCAGCAUUAUCCCCGGUCUAGAUUGCCACGAGGCUCUAGCAGGCAUUUAUGUGAGCCUGGAGAAGUUGCAUCAGUGGGACAUUUCCAAGUUGCGUGAAGAACCGGGAAUGAGUGACAAGACAAACCGCGCCCUCUCUAUCGUAGCCAUGUGCACAAGGCAUGGCUACCCGAUUAUGCAUUCAAGAGAACGGGUGGGACUGGCCGUACAGUAUUGGAAGGCCCUGCGACUUAUCCCCCCAUCAAACGACCAAUCCACGACCUUUUCCGAAACUCGAGAGAAGGUAUGGUCGCUACUAGUCGGAUGCGCUUCUACAGGCGGCAUGGCACACCUUCCCGUAAGGGUAUCGGAGAAUUGGAUCUCCAACGAAAUUGUCAAAGCCGAGCCCUCGAUGGAUCCAAAGAAGCCGAAUCUGGACUGGCAGGAUCCAGCCAAUGUUGUGCUUCCUGCAUCAGAGGAAAACAAGAAUGCCGGCAUAGAGAUGCUGCAGCCUGAUCUUUCAACCGCAACGGUGCCUCAGGUCAUGUUCACGGUCACAUUCGACCCUCCGGUCAUUCUUCCUCAGAACGACUGGAUGCGGCUGCACGCGUUCGCCAACGUGAAUGCUCCUCCUGUCUUUGGCUACCCGCCCACAUUCGACAGUCUGUUCUUUCCUAUUCCUCCAGGCAGCACGCAGGAUCCAAGCGAGUUGCGGACCAUUACUCGCCAGCGAGACGUCCGGGUUUAUGAUAAAGACCGAACGUCGUCGAUCAAGCCGCAUCGAAAUACCCUUUUUAUAUACAAGCAGAUAUAUUCACAAGUGGUUACUGAGAUGCCCUUCUCUCACCCCCAGCAACUCAUCGAAAUGAUGCCUCUGCUCCGGCAGUAUGCUUUCAUUUCCACCCUGCUGGAAAAUAGCUUCGGGUCGAAGACCAAGGAAACACAACCAGUGGCGACGAAUGGCCAGGCCCCAGGACCUGGGGCGAACUCCAGCACCACAACAACCAAGGACGAACUGGCAGAUUUCAUGAACAUGGUCCCAGCCCCCGUGGCCGAGGAACCGAAGAAACAGGCUCCUUCUGAAGAAUACUUGAACUUGGAUGUGACUCUCUGGGUUCACCCAACUCCACAUCUACAGGUUGUCUUCCCCUUCCGGAACUCAACCGCCAACAUCACCCUCAAGGUUCUUGAAGAAGGGAUCGUCGAGGUUGCUAACGAGAACGUUAUUCCCCGCGAGGGAGACACCGAGACCCGGAAACUGAAGAGCAAGGAGCUGACCAGGGCCGAUCUUGGAAGAGUCCUGGAGCACAUGGAGGACCUGUGCAAGUGGGCCGAAUGGAUCCGCACGCGUCUGUCAUGAAGGCACUUUGGGGCACAUAGAUAAGCAGUAGAGGGAUGUGGGAUGGAGUUGAAUGAUACCCCUAGAUUAAUGUUCAUCUGCAUCUGAGAAUCGGGCAUCAAGCUUUAAUCAAGGAGCAGCUACUCAACUGGACAUUGUCUCCAUACAUGAAUAGACAAAAGGAGAAUAAGAGCGCCAGUACGGCCAUUCGCAUAAUCGCCCUGAUGGCCUUGCCGGCUCUCACAGUCGAGGCUAUUGUCAAAAUCAUGACAUAUUAGCUAGCAUUAGGAUAUUCGUAGAUAUACUUCAUAUACCAAAGCAGAAUAAGAGUUAUUUACUUUC